GUCUUUCGACAAUCAGCUUACUUCUCACCAAAGGAGCUGUCGAUUCUCUAGUUUGUUACAGCUGUAGUCAUGGUCCGGCGUCGAGUUUCUGUGAGAAUGAGACAACUGUCCAAUGUCCCAGCGGGCACGCAUGCUUCAAUCGAUUUACGACAACAGGUAUGGGUGGAAGCGGUAAUCAUGGGUGUACUAAGAUAUCGAAUUGUAACGAUAUACGGUACGGCGACAAUUACUGGCAUGAUCACAACACUUUAAACAUUGUUGGAAGAGAUAUAGUUCGCAACAAACGUGUAUAUGCCUACUGUUUUCAAUGCUGUUACUACAAUAAAUGUAACAACCAAUUCUGUUUGCCGAUGAAAACACCUGGCAGCUGGGGAUCCUGGACGUCGUGGUCCUCAUGUGACGUCACGUGCGGAAGCGGAACAAAAAGCCGUCACAGGGCGUGCAAUAGCCCACCUCCAUCAGACCCGAGACUUUACUGCGCCGGAAACAAUACGGAAACAAAACCAUGUCAAGAAAAGCUUUGUCCAGAUUCUCUAGUUUGUUACAGCUGUGGUCAUGGUCCGGCGUCGAGUUUCUGUGAGAAUGAGACAACUGUCCAAUGUCCCAGCGGGCACGCAUGCUUCAAUCACUUUACAACAACAGGAAUGGGUGGAAGCGGUAAUCAUGGGUGUACUAAGAUAUCGAAUUGUAACGAUAUACGGUACGGCGACCUUUACUGGCAUGAUCACAACACUUUAGACAUUGUUGGAAGAGAUAUAGUUCGCAACAAACGUGUAUAUGCCUACUGUUUUCAAUGCUGUUACUACAAUAAAUGUAACAACCAAUUUUGUUUGCCGAUGAAAACACCUGGCAGCUGGGGAUCCUGGACGUCGUGGUCCUCAUGUGACGUCACGUGCGGAAGCGGAACAAAAAGCCGUCACAGGGCGUGCAAUAGCCCACUUCCAUCAGACCCGAGACUUUACUGCGACGGAAACAAUACGGAAACAAAACCAUGUCAAGAAAAGCUUUGUCAAGAUUCUCUAGUCUGUUAUAGCUGUGAACAUGGUCCAGCGUCGAGUCUUUGUGAGAAUGGGACAACUGUACAAUGUCCCAGCGGUCACGCAUGCUUCAAUCAAUUUGCGACAACAGGAAUGGGUGGAAGCGGUAGUCAUGGUUGUACUAAAAUAUCG